GAAGACUACUAGGCAAACGAUUAUAGUAGCAUGGCUUCAGGUGAUCCUUAUCAUUCACGCGGCUCAAGCGCUUUACAAAAUGACCAUUGAACUAGAUCAAUUCAACUGUGAGUAUACCAAGAUUUCGAAUUUCACAAAUCUGCGGGUCCGGAAAUUCAACCGCACAACGGCCGUUUUGAACGGCACCUAUGAAAUGUUUAUCGAGAUGAAUAACGACCACGAGCUUGAAUGCUACUGUGACCGAAGUGCGCUGGGCAACAACCAGUUUUCCAGAUAUCCGUUGAAGCUGCUUCCGAUGCCGGUUUGCGAUUUUAUUAAAUUUUAUUUGGCCCCGAACUCGGGGCAGUUCCAGAACUAUACCAAUUUCCCGCGAAUUCCUCGAGAAGGGUUGUGCCCAACACCGAAGGGAGAAUUUUAUAUCAAAAAUUUAAUCAUGGAUUCAAACAAAAUUCCCUCGGUAGCGCCGGAAGGAUACUACAGGUGUUAUUUCGACAUAAGGCAAAUAAACCCGAGGGAAGAACUAUCUCGCUGCACGAUAUAUGCGCGAAUCGUGAAGGAGCUUCAAGUCGCUUCGUUUGCAGCAACGUAACAAAUAAAGUGAAA